AAAAAACCUACGCGUGUUCUGUCACGUGAGCAGCGGGAGGGUGGUUGGCUCCUCCCUCCCCAAAAUGGCGUCCUUGCUGCAAUCCGAGCGAGUUCUCUAUCUAGUCCAGGGAGAAAAGAAGGUUCGGGCCCCGCUCUCACAGCUCUACUUCUGCCGCUACUGUAGCGAGUUGCGGUCGCUGGAAUGUGUGUCUCACGAGGUGGACUCCCAUUAUUGUCCCAGUUGCUUAGAAAAUAUGCCAUCAGCUGAAGCCAAACUAAAAAAGAAUAGAUGCGCCAAUUGCUUUGACUGUCCUGGCUGCAUGCACACCCUCUCCACUCGGGCAACAAGCAUCUCCACACAGCUUCCAGAUGACCCAGCCAAAACCACCAUGAAGAAAGCCUACUACUUGGCCUGUGGAUUUUGUCGCUGGACAUCUAGAGAUGUGGGCAUGGCAGACAAAUCCGUAGCUAGUGGUGGUUGGCAAGAACCAGAAAAUCCUCACACACAACGGAUGAACAAGCUGAUCGAAUAUUACCAGCAGCUUGCUCAGAAAGAAAAGGUUGAACGGGAUCGCAAGAAACUGGCACGGCGUAGAAACUAUAUGCCUCUGGCUUUUUCGCAACACACUAUUCAUGUAGUGGAUAAAUACGGUCUUGGAACAAGGCUUCAGCGACCACGACCCGGUGCCUCCAUUAGUACCCUGGCUGGACUUUCCCUAAAAGAAGGAGAAGACCAGAAAGAGAUCAAGAUUGAGCCAGCUCAGGCUGUGGAUGAAGUAGAGCCUCUACCCGAAGACUAUUACACAAGACCAGUCAACUUAACAGAGGUGACCACUCUUCAGCAGCGCCUCCUACAGCCUGAUUUCCAACCAAUCUGUGCUUCACAACUUUACCCUCGCCAUAAGCACCUUCUGAUCAAACGGUCCCUGCGCUGCCGGAAAUGUGAACAUAAUUUGAGCAAGCCAGAAUUUAAUCCAACAUCUAUCAAAUUCAAAAUCCAGCUGGUUGCUGUCAAUUAUAUUCCAGAAGUGAGAAUCAUGUCAAUUCCCAACCUUCGCUACAUGAAGGAAAGCCAGGUCCUCCUGACUCUUACCAAUCCGGUGGAAAAUCUCACCCAUGUGACUCUAUUGGAGUGUGAGGAGGGGGACCCUGAUGAUACAAACAGCACUGCCAAGGUGGUGGUGCCUCCCAAAGAGCUUGUGUUAGCUGGCAAGGAUGCAGCGGCAGAGUAUGAUGAGCUGGCCGAGCCCCAAGACUUUCAGGAUGAUCCUGACAUUAUAGCCUUCAGAAAGGCCAACAAAGUGGGCAUUUUCAUCAAAGUUACCCCACAGCGUGAGGAGGGUGAAGUGACCGUCUGCUUCAAGAUGAAGCAUGAUUUUAAAAACCUAGCAGCUCCCAUCCGCCCCAUUGAAGAAAGUGACCAGGGCACAGAAGUCAUCUGGCUCACCCAGCAUGUGGAACUCAGCUUGGGUCCGCUCCUCCCUUAAGAGCUUCCCUGGUGGGCAGAUCCCACCAGCAGCACGAUCACCAGGAGCCUGUGUUAAAGUGCGGAAGCUGCUGCUUCGUUAGACCCUGUUUGUAACGAUGUACCGAUGCACUACGGAAAGACAGGUGCCGGGAGCAGGGUGCCUGUGUUCCCCGUGCUGUCUCCUCUGUUGGCACAGUAAGUCUGUGCCUCCCUCACUUGGGCCUGCACGUUGAGUAACAGUAAUGCAGUUCCAGCCCAGUGAAGGGAUGACUGUUCCUCAGAGUGGUGUUAGAUUCACCACCAGAGAAGCUGUGUCUCUAGUGUCUCUCAAUGUGAUCUCACAAAGGAUCAGUCUGACAAAUGAAACUUAAAAUAAUAACCCAAAGCUGGACCUGCUCCUUGUCCAGCGCUGGUCAGUGUACCAACUGCUUCCUGCAUUCCAGUAAAACAGUUGAGCAGUCUACAACGUAUCUCUUCACUUGCCAUCAUGGCUCUCACUUUGCCACAGAUUUCCACGUAGCAGAAAAAUAGAACUGUCGUAUUGUCUUCAGUUUUGUGAUGAUUAGAAAAACAUAAAAUUCUUGAGGCGUUCUUCCUUACCCUCUCUUCUAAGCGAAUACAGGACACCUAUGUAUCAGUUGCUCUUUAAAUUUUUUUCCCCAGAAGAAUAUGGAAUUUUUCUUUUCAUAAAAACAUGCGAAGCAAGCUGUUAUACUUGCAGUCAAGCCAGGCAUAGUGGCACGUGGCUGUCCCCCACUACUUAGGAGGUGGAGGUAAAGCCAGAAAUUUAGCUCAGCAGCUUAAGUGCUUGCGUGCUAAGUGUGAGGUCAUAAAUUCAACAUGGAGUACCUCCCCCGCAACACAAAAGUGGAGGCAACAAGAUUGGAAGUUCAAGGCAAGCCUGGGUAACCUGGUGUCUCAAAAUAAAAUGAUUGGGAUGUAGCCCAGUGAGUCCCUGGGUUCUAUGCCUAAUACUUUAAAAAAAAAUUGAGUAGUAAAUUGGAUCCAUUUAAAACAUUGCCACAUUACCCCAGGAUGAAUGCUGCCACUAGAGCCAGCCCUUGUAUUUGCUUAUUCGCUGUCCCUCCUGCUUUGCUCUGCCUACUCAAUAAAUUUUUCUGAGUAUUGGGGACCUGGAAAGAGCCCAAGAAAAGCCUAAGGGACAAGUUCAUUUCUGGAAUGUAGAAAACAUUUUUAAAGUUAGAAUUUUAGCAUGAUCUGAACUAAUGUUCUUUCCACUAAUUUGAAAAGGAAAUUAACUAGUAUAAUCUCUUGCAUCCCAAACCAGACACUAAGUAAAAGAACUUUUCUUAACAGAGUUGAAGACUUUUGUUUCAGAUAAGACCAUUUAAAUUGUAACAUCGUUCCACAAGUACCCAGAAUGCUGGCCUAACAGCAGAUGUGCUGUUUUAGUUGGAUACUAGAGCUGAGUUUGCUAACCUAAAUUUGUGUGUUUCUAAAACAAGACUUGACAAACUGGACCACCAGUUGCACAAUAUUUUUCUUUAAAAGUAUUCUCCAUAAAUAGCCAACAGACUUGAGGAAAAGAUAAAUUUCUUGUUUAUCCUGGUUUUAAGUCUUUAGCUUAAAAAUACUAAGAUAUAUAAUCUAGAAUACAUACCGUCCUUGUCAGUGGAAGCUCUGGAAGGACACUAAAUUGUACUUUUUAAGGUCAAGCCCAUUUUAUGAAGCAGUAGUCCUACAGAGAAAUACAUGCUAUGGUGUAAGGAAAAACCUCAUCUCUAAUAUUAUGGUAAGAAUAACCGAGGUUUAGGCUUUUAGAAGUUGGGGUAGGGAGGUGGGUAAUUAGUAGUUUUGCCGACUGUAGAAAGAGUGUAGCUUUGUGGCCUUCACAGAGUCAGUUUUCACUUCACUACAUGCUAGCGCUUACGUGAAACCACCGCUGCACACUGGCCCCUGGACGAAGUGGGUGGCAGGGUGGAGAGCAGCUUCCUAUGUUUACACAUUCGCAUGGCCUGCACAGAGCUGAAUGUGCUGCCUGUAUGGCUCGGAGCUGGUAUCUGAAGUAGUGGAUCUCCUCACUCCCAUAUGAUACCCAAACCCAAAAAUACUCAAUGAGUUCUUUCUUCAGAAGCCGAGUUAACAGAAGAACAGAGUUAUUGGUUUCAGUUUCCUCAAGAUAGGUUUGAGCACAAGCUGGUAUUCUGUGUGUUCAUAAAACUGGUAUAACACCUGCAGAUGGUGAGUGAGGAAUUUCAUCUGUUGCCUUUUUUAUAUUAGAAUAGGUGCGAGGUUUUUAACACUAGUGAGGGUUCACCACCACAGGAGGGUUACAUAUUAGCACUUAAAACUACACUUCUGGAAAUGUGAGCCUAGGUAAUUUGGAUUUGUGAUUUGGUUCACCAAACUUCUUUUGUUCAGAGUUCGUACUGUAGGCAUAAUGAGCUAAAUGUCACGUGUAUUCGUAGGGAAACAUCCUUUUUGGUCCCUUUCGGGAAUGAGAGGCACUCCUUAAUGUAUGAACGACAGGUUACUGUUUUGCCUUAUUGCUUAACUUAAUGUAGUGAAAUAAAGCAGACAAAGCUUCA